GCCGCAGACGAGACUGGUUGGAAGCUAGUCCUCGGAUCGCCGCUCGAGAGCUGGGCGAUCAUCGUGACGGACCUGCUGCGACUGGCGCUGCGCCGUACCAGGUGGCACUGCGAGGGCGAGGCUCUCAAGGCCAUCAAGGCUCGCGGCCGCGAGGCACUCGCCCAGGCGCAGCAGCAGCAACAGCAAGUCGUCCAGCGGCUGGCAGCCCAGGCGGAGUCCGCCGAGGCCAGAGUGCAGGCGGCAGAGGCUAUGGCUCAGGAGGCCCGAGGUCAAGAGCAGCAGCAGCGAGCAGCCCAGCCCGGUGGACCGCCGCAGGAGACAAACAUAUUGAUUGACACACGGGUCCUCGGCAAGCCUAGUGACUUCAACGGCGAGCCUGGGGCCUGGCGUGACUGGAGUACGGUUUUCCGAGCCUAUGCCAGCGCGUGCGAGCCAGCCCUGAAGGAUGCAAUGGACAGGGCUGAACAUGCCGACGCGCCAGUGCUGAACGCGACGCUGCCCGACGACCAGGUGCGCCUCAGCAGCCAGCUCUACUAUAUGUUGGUCAUGCUGAACAAAGGGCUCUCGUUAGACCGCAUUGUCAGUACAGGAGUGAACGAGGGGCUGGAGGCGUGGAGGACCUUGGUCACCUUCCACGAGCCUCAGAGCCGCACCCGGGCAGCAGGGCUCCUUCAGGAGCUGCUCUCGUGGGACUUCGAGGGUGACGUCCCCUCGAAGCUGACUGCGUUCGACAGGAGUGCCAAGCGCUAUGAGCAGGCUGUGUGUGCUGAGCUCCCCGAUGAGAUCAAGAUAGGCAUGCUGGUCCGCUCGCUCAAGGAGGGCCCGCUGCGCCACCACUUGCUCCUCUACAGCCAGCGGCUGAACACCUGGGAGCUCGUGAAGGCCGAGGUCGAGAACCUCAGGCGGGCCCGGAUUGCGACGACGGCGAGUACUGGCGCGGGCCCGACCCCGAUGGACAUCGACUCCCUGGCGCGACAGCUGGCAGCUCUCGGCUUCAAGGGUGGCAAGGGCGGCAACGGCAAGGGCAGGAACGGCAAGGCUGGCAAAGGCAAAGGCGCCGACGACCUGCCGACCAAGCCGUGCCCGAUCUGUGGCAAGACAGGUCAUUGGAAGCGAGACUGCUGGUGGAAUACGACGGCUGCGUCAGGCAAGGCACCGCCGAAGGGCGGUGGAGGUCGAGGUCGUGGCAAAGGCAAGGGUGAAGCCAAGGGCGGUGACGGACCGAAGCCGAAGCCAUGCUGGACUUGUGGUUCGACAGCGCAUCUGGCCAAGGACUGCCCGGUCGCCAAGAAGUCCGGCGCCUUGGGCGAGAUGGGCGAGCCUGAGCCUCCUGAGGGCUUGGGUGGCCUCUUCCUGGCGGCGCUCGACCUGUCGGCCAUGCGCGGCGGUCACGGCGAUCCCGCGCGCGCGCUGGGGACCGACUACCCGAUCACGGAGAGGCCGUCGGGGGCGCAGCACCUCAGUGCGACGGGCGAGCCGAUCCCAGACGAGGGCCAGCGCAAGCUCACGGUGCAGACCGGCGGUGCGCUGCGUGGCAUCAGAGCCCGCGUCGCGGGCGUCAGGCGGCCGCUGCUCUCGGUCUUCGACUUCGUGAAGAGCGGCCGCCGCGUGGUCUUCGAGCAGGACCAGCACGGCCACAACAUCAGCCACGCUGUCCACAUCGAGAGUGGCAAGACCGCCCGCCUCACGCGGAGGCAGCGCACCUGGGGCCUGGACGCGAGCAUCGUGCCAGCGAAGGAGGUGAGCCAGAUGUCCCAUGCCCUCGUGAGGGAGCUGCCGCUCUGCUCGGUCGAGGGUUGCCGUGGCUGCAGCGAGCCGCAGGUGGAGCUGCCGUGGCAGGGGGCGACGGAGUUGGAAGUACAAUCGAGCUCGAGGGUGACGCCGAGGAGCGCCGCGAAUCUCAGCCCGCUCCAGUGCGAGCACGACGGGGGCCGAAGAGCGCAUGCCAUACCUACGUUUGCAGUUGACUACGGAUGCCUCGUGAAGCGGGAGGAGGUGGAGUGGGGCCAGUCCGUGCUUCCCAUCCUCGUCGGCAUCGACUCAGCCACCUCGCGGGUCAGCGCCGACGUCCUCCCGUCCAAGGGCAUCCAGCAGGAGUGCAACGCGGUCCGCGCCUUCUGCCGGGCGGAGGCGACCGGCCACCCGAAGAUCAUUUACAUGUCUGAUGGUGAGGGUGCCUUGGUGGCGCUCAAGCGAGAGGCGACGAUCCGCCUCAGGAAUCUGAAGUUCGAGGUCGCGCCCGAGGAGGCGCCGGCCUGCGACGGCGCCAGCAGCGGCCUGGGAGAGGUAGCAGUGAGGGAGGUCAAGGGCGUAUCACGGUCUCUGCGAGUCGCCCUGUCCCUGCUGCGCGGCACAGACAUCCCGAACGACCAUCCAGUGUUGACUUGGCUGGUCGCUCGCGCUGCAGGGCGCAUCGAUCGCGGCAAGAUCGGCGCCGAUGGACGGACGCCGCACGAGAGGCACAAGGGCAAGGCCUUCCGCAAGGUGCUGCCGCCUUUCGGUGAGAUCAUCGUGCCCCUCCCGAGUGCGAGGCGCGACGCCAAGUUCGAGGAGCGCUGGAAGAUUGGAGUCUUUCUGGGCGUCAUCGAGAAGUCGAGCGAGAUGCUCGUCGGACACGACGGCAGGGUCGCACGCGCGCGGUCUAUCAGGAGGAGGCCGCCGAGUCAGCGGGCUGAUGCAGCCCUGUUGAUUUUGAUCAGGGGCGCGCCAUGGAUGCCGACCCCGGACGUGCCAGAAAACGUUCGCAUCCCGACGGUCAUUGACGAGCCCCCUGUCGACCCCGCUGCACAGCAGCCGAGGGUUGUGCCAGAGCAGGUUCCAGCUGAGCCUCGGAACGUAUACAUUCGCAGGAACGUGGAGCUGGCCAAGUACGGUUUCACAGACGGGCGCCCGGGCUGCCUCGCGGCGCGCACCAACGCACCAGCCAAGGCCCACAGCUCGGAGUGCCGUGAGCGCAUCCAGCAGGCCAUGGCGAACGACCCGGAGCUUGCCCCCCGAGUCUUCGGAGCGGCGGCUCGCCAGCUGGAGGCUGCUGACAGGGCGCCUGCGCGCCAGGGGGGCGCGAGCUCCGGGGCACUGCCUCAGGCAGCCAGCCCGGCUGAGGCGCCGAUGGAGAUCGAGCGACCCGGCCGACGAGCUGCUGAGCGUCGAGGCUCGCCCGCGGAGUUGCCGCAGGCAUCGAGGGGCCGCCUCGCGGCGCCAGGCGGCCCAGCACGCCUCGCGCCAGCGAUCAGCGGCGAGCAGCCGAGGGCGCCCGCGCAGGCGCCAGCAACGCCUCAGGCGCAGGCUGCUGGGUCGAGCGGGCUCCUCCAGGCGCCGCCUGGAGCUGGGGAUGCCAUGGGCGCGGGUUCCCUGGAGCUCUGCGCGCUGCUGGCGGCUUUCGGCGACUGGAGGGUGGCCGUCAGCGAGCUGUACGGACCAGGACGGUUCACAUCUCGGUCGAGUGCGUUCGACCUCGAGCCCGGCACAGCCUACGACAUCAGGGCCGGCUACGACUCCAGCCAGGAGGGCGACAGGCAGCGGGCGCAGGCCACCAUCGAGCUGGAACAGCCCCUGCUGAUCACUGGCAGCCCGAUGCGUGCGCCGUGGUCGAACCUGCAGGCCCUCAACGUCAUCCAGGGUGUGGACGUCAACGCCAUCAUGGAGCGAGGCGUUGCCCACCUGGUCUUCUGUGCCGAGCGCUACAAAGAGCAGAUCAAGGCUGGCCGCCUCUUCUUGCACGAGCAGCCAGCAUCAUCGAGGAGUUGGCGUCUCUGGAUGAUCCGAGAGAUCGCCGAGAUGCCAGGAUUACACUACGUAGAGUGCGAUCAAUGUGCGCAUGGGUUGUGGUGCACCGUUGCUGUCGGCCCGGCGCUGGUCAAGGAGCCCACGGGAUGGUUGACCAACUCCGCCGAGAUCGCCCGAGAGCUGACGCGUCGGUGUCCUGGGUGUGCUAGGCAUUGCCAGACGGUCGGCUUAGGUCGGCGUGGCAUGCGCAUCAUCGAGCGGUACCCGCCGAAGCUUGUGGCUGCGGUGCUGCGUGGGCUGCGUCGCGAGGACGCCUACCCCGAGUACUACACGGAGAUCGUCGACAACAUCAGCGGGGCCGCUCUGGACCCCGAGCUCGUGGCAGCUGGCCGCAAGGAGGAGAUGGAGUUUCUCCGCGGCCUGGGCGCCUACGUGCACGACACCAAGCAGCGCUGCCGCGAGGAGACCGGGCGCGACCCGGCGCCCAUGAUCUGGGUGGACGUCAACAAGGGUGACGACCGCAAGCCCAACGUCCGCUGCAGGCUGCGCGUGGCGGAGACACGCUACCGCACGAGCAUGGACCUGGGGGGCCCCUCGCAGACGUUCAGUGCGACACCCCCGCAUGAGGCUCUCAGGAUGUUGAUUUCCUUCUGCUGCUCGCCCAGGAACGCCGAGGAGGACCAGCACGUCCUCAUGUUCCCGGACAUCACUAGAGCUCACCCGCACUGCGAGAUGAAGAGGAAGUUGUGGGUGAAGUUUCCUGCGGAGGACCCUCGCUCAGCUGGCCCCAGCGUGUGUGGGCUGCUGGUCAGGUGCCUCCACGGUUGCCGCGACGCGGGCCAGAAUUUCGAGCUGUUGGUCCGUGAGACGCUGGAGGGCAAGAUGGGCUUCUCCUGUGGCGUGUGGUGUCCCUGCAUAUACCGCAGAGGCGACGGCAAGCUCGCGGCCUACGUCUACGGCGACAACUUCGUGCUGAAGGGCUCCCGCGCCGACAACCUGGAGUUCUACCGCGAGCUGCAGAAGUGCACGUGGGUCAAGCUCGAGGGCAUGUUGGGGCCUAACAAGAGCUCUGGUGAUGUUCAGGAGGUGGUCUGUCUGAACCGCGUCUUCCGCCGGACCUCGAGAGGUGAUGUGGAGCUCGAGGCUGACUCGCGCCACGCUCUCAUCAUGAUGCGGCAGCUGAAACUCUGGCGCGGGUCUAAGGCCCCCUCGACGCCAGGAGUGAAGGCCAAGAGCGCGGACCGCGGCAGGGUCCUGGAGGGCGAGGAGGCGACUCGCCACCGCAGCCUGGUCAUGCGAGCCAGCUAUCUCAGCGAGGACCGCCCGGACAUCAAGUACGCAGUCAGGGAAGCAGCGAAGUGCAUGCACGAGCCGUGUGAGCACGGAUUGGAGCUAGUCAAGAGGAUUGCCAGGCAUCUCCUGGGCCGUCCGAGGCUGGGUCAGAGAUUCCGACGCCAGCGAUGGUCAGGUGUGCUCAAGGGCUUCUCGGACAGCGACUUCGCCGGCUGCCUGGAGACCAGGAAGAGUACGAGCUGCGGAGCUCUCAGCUCAGGUGAGGCCGAGUGGUAUGCUCUACUGCACACUGCGUCCUGCGGGAUCGGCCUGGUCUCGUUGGCGCGCGACAUGGGAUACGAGCUGGAGCUAUGUUUGGCUGGCGACGCUACGGCCGCCAGUGGGAUCGCGCACCGCCGAGGGGCAGGGCGCAUCCGACACAUCGAGACAAAGACUCUCUGGCUCCAGCGUCACGUAACCGAGCGUCGAGUCAUCCUUUCCAAGACGCUCGGCAAAGUCAAUGUGGCAGAUCUCGGUACGAAGCAUCUGGCGCAAAAGGAAAUGGAUGAGAUGCUGGGACUGCUGGGAUGUUUCGUGGCUACGGGCAAGUCUGACCUCUCUCUCGCGGUCGCAGGCAACUUGCUUGAGCCUGACCUAGCUUGCGAGCCCGAGGGCAAAGAAAGGUGCAGGCGUGACUUUCGUUUGAUGUCGCCCGCGGCAGGCGACUGUGUUUUCAUGUACGCAGGCAUGUUUCUUUGA